UAAAUUGGGAUUUGAAGUCAUCUUCUUCCUGCUCCUCUCUUUGUUUCUACACUAGUUGGACUGCCUGUUUCUCAACACAAAAAAGAAAGAAAAGAAAUGAACUUGUUUACAGGAAAAACGGAAACGGUUUUGAAAAUUUUCCAUGUUAUUUUGGAUUGAGCUUGAGAGUUGAGACAGAGCUAGCUCCCAAAUCUUUGUUCUUUGGAUUGCUUCGACGGUGAUCAAGGUUGGACUUUUUCAAAAAGUAGACUACUUGGAGGAAAUUUUCAUGAAAUGUGUUGUAUGUGCCAUUAUUGUGGUGCUGAACUGAGAAAGGUGAGUGAGGAACAGAGAAAACAGGAGAAUGGAAAUCCUUUGAGAUUAAACGGUGAAGGCCCCAUUUGGUCCUGUGGACUCUGUAGGGAGAAGAAAGAAAGAGAAUACAUGAAGCAGGAUAAAUUGAGUCUGUAUUCAACACCAAUGAUCAGUCCUACAACUUCCUUGUCAAGCAGUGAUCGCUCUUUCUCAAGCUGCAGUGAUUUGUCUGUUGAUGGGAACUCGUAUGACCGGAGUGAACAAGGGGAAACUACAACAAACAAUAAUCAAGAGGAUCUUAGUUUUAGGUUGAAUGCCCAGAUGCAAAACUCACACUUAGAAGGUCCGGUGAAUGGACUUGAUAGAUCAAACAAAAUAGCUUGUGACAGUUUAAAACAUAGCAGUAGUGGCAAUGAUAUUGACAUAAUGAGAGAUGUUGAAAUAUUGUCACCUAGCAAAGCUCAAGAACCAAAGGUUAACAGUCUUGAAAGUAUUAGUAGAUCCGACAAUAAUGGAUCUGAACAAGAAAAGGAUGCUAGUAUUUGGGAACCUCCAGAAGCAGAAAACCCGGAAGAUGACGCUGAGGGUGGUGUGGGUUAUGAUGAUGAUGAUGAUAAUGAUGAUGGAUUUGGUGAUGGCACAAAGUGGGGUAAGCCAAGUUCUUUAAGUGAUGUCAGAGAAGAAGGCAGUGGGAAAUACAAGUCUAAAGAGAAAAAACAAAGAGCAAUGGAAGCAGUGAUGAGUGGUAAGUUCAAGGCCAUAGUGAAUCAACUUCUCAAAUCUGUUGGUGUUGCCUCUUCUGAAAAAGAUGGAGAAAGUUGGGUGGAAAUAGUUACCUUGUUAUCAUGGGAAGCUGCUUCCUCUUUGAAGCCUGAUGCUAUAGAUAAAGCAAUGGAUCCAAACCACUACAUAAAAGUAAAAUGCAUUGCAACUGGUUACCGGAGCCAAAGUGAGGUAAUCAAAGGUUUGGUUUUCAAAAAGCAUGCUGCGCACAAGCAUAUGCCAACCAAAUACACGAAGCCUAGGCUGUUACUGGUCCGGGGCGUGCUUGGUCAGUCUUCAAGUGGGUUGUUAUCAUUUCAUGCAAUGGAGCAGCAGGAAAAGGGUCAAGUGAAAUCUGUGAUGGAGAUGAUAGAAAUCUGCAAUCCAAAUGUGGUUCUAGUUGAAAAAACAGUUUCCCGUGAUAUCCAAGAGUCUAUUCUUGUGAAAGGAAUGACAUUAGUCUUAGACAUGAAGCUCCAUCGACUAGAGCGAGUUGCUCGUUGUACUGGUGCACCAAUUGUAUCAGCUGAGACAUUGACAAGUCAAAAGCUAAAGCAUUGUGAUUCUUUUCACAUAGAAAAAUUCAUAGAAGAACAUGCUGGGUUUACUGAAAGUGGAAAGCGGCCAAGUAAAACAUUGAUGUUCAUUGAGGGCUGUCCAACACGACUGGGCUGUACAGUUUUGUUGAAAGGAAGCAACAGCGAUGAAUUGAAGAGGAUUAAAUAUGUGGUACAAUGUGCUUUUGUCUUGGCAUAUCAUUUAAUUCUUGAAACAUCUUUCCUUGUUGAUCAGAGAGCAAUGUUUUCUACCAUUCCUUUUGCUGAAGUAGCAGAUGUCUUGCCAACAGAUCAACAGUACCCUGCUUCAGAAAAUAGUAAAUCUAGUGUUCCAUGUCUUGAAGAUACUACAGUUGAAAAAGGGUCAAGUGCAAUUGAUAUUCCCAUUUCCGAUGGGUUGCAUGAAGAUACUACCGAUGCAGAUAGUGGAUUAGAAGGACAGUCCGUCUUGUCUUUAGAGCCAUACAACCCAGCUAUAUUUUCUGGCUUCUCAUCUCUCUCAGCCUCUCUAAAGAAAGUCAUAGGGGAUAAUUUCCCUCUUGCCAAUGCUGCCUCUUAUCAGUCCCUAUCAUCGUUAUUUGGUUUUAAUGGAAAGGUUCCCAAUGGUAAGGUCACAGAAUUGCAUCCGGUUUCAAAAGUUGAUGAUACACACCCGUAUGAAAUGGAAGCUAAAAGUAUCUCUGAUGGGGAGAAAUUAUCCGAAGAACAUGGACAAUCACCAUCUAUGUCUGGUGUACAGAUAUUAACAGAGGAACCUGGGCAGUCACCAUCUAUGCCUGAUAAAGAGAAAGCCUCUGUGAACACUAGGAAAGAUUAUGGCAAUGAUGAAAAUCAAGGGAAAAGUGAAGAGGAUGCAAGUGCAGCAUUGGAUUCUCAGAGUAUUUUGGUUUUGGUGUCCAGCCGGAAUGCUUUCAGGGAUACUAUUUGUGAGCAAAGCCAUUUUUCUCACAUCAUGUUCUACAAGAAUUUUGAUAUUCCUCUUGGAAAAUUUCUUCAAGAUAAUUUACUCAAUCAGAGAACCCAGUGUGCCACAUGUGGUGAAUUGCCUGAAGCUCACUUUUACUAUUAUGCGCAUCAUAAGAAGCAGCUGACAAUACAAGUGAAGCGGCUUCCUGAUAGAAAACGCUCGCCUGGAGAAGUGGAAGGAAAAAUUUGGAUGUGGAGUCGCUGUGGUAAAUGUAAAUCUAAGAUUGGAGUUUCAAAAUCAACUAAGAGAGUGUUGAUUUGCACUGCUGCCUGUAGUCUGUCGUUUGGAAAGUUUUUGGAGCUCAGCUUUUCUCACCAUUCUUCAUCUGAUAGUGCCUCAAGCUGUGGGCAUUCUGUGAGCAGGGACUUCCUGUACUUUUUUGGAUUAGGUCCAAUGGUUGCAAUGUUCAGUUACUCUCCAGUCAUAACUUAUACUGUGUCUGUCCCACCACAAAAGCUGGAGUUCAGCCAUUCAGUCACUAAAGAAUGGCUCAAGGAAGAAGUUUGGAAUUUAUACACCAAAGGGAUGACGCUGUUCACAGAAGUUGAAAGUUCUUUAAAGCAGAUAGGAUCUCGGUUGAUGGGCUCAAAGCUGAACAUCCGAGGCUCAUUGAAAGAAUUAUCAGUUGUAUUAGAGAUUUUGAAGCAGGAAUGUGCUGCCUUUAAGGUGGAUUUUCAAAAUGCUGUCGCUGAGAAUGGGAAUCCAGAUGAAACUGUCCAUAAACUUCUCAGUUUGAACAGAUUACGAUGGGAGAUUCUGCUUGAAUCAUGCAUUUGGGAUAGGCGUCUGCAUUCACUGAUCUGGCCUGAUCCUACAGUGGUCAUUACUACUGGUGCCACUGAGAAAGUGGUGCAAGAGCAAUCAAAGUCAAAGAUGGAGGGACCAACUGUAGGGAAUGAAGGAUCAGAAAAUGAUGCUAGAAACGGUGACAAGUUUUCCAAUGGUUGUGGCGAUAUGAAAGAUAAAUUGGAUUUAUCAGCUGAAGCAAAUGAAGGUGUUAUCAAGGAAAUUCCAAUUGAUGGUCUUGUGACAGAAUUCAAAGAACAUGAGGAUAUGUAUAAGAAGGCAUCUAUUGUGUCAGAGGAUGUUAGGACACCAGCUGUUGGUUGUUUAAGACCUAACAGUUUGACCAGUGAUGACUUUACUGUGAGAAAUAAUGGUGCUGCUCAAAAUCAUUCAGGUGAUAAUGAUUUUCAAGCAGAGAAAGUUCCUUUGCCUGACAACUUGAAAGGGUAUGGAACCAUUUCAAAUUUUGCAGAGACUGCAAAUGGUCAUUCUCCAGUUGAUUCAAAUGCAUCUGAGAACAGUAUCUCAGAGAGGUUAUCCAACUUAGAAAAAGUGAAUGGGUGGGUCUGGAUGCCAUUUUCAGAACUCCGACAGAUAUACAUGAGGGAUCUUCAGAAGGGAUAUGUGCCAAAAUUUGAACAUGUCAGUAGAUACACUCUUGAAAACUUGCCUGCUCUCAAUCAUAUAAUAACUGAGGAAGGCUCACGGCUACACGUCCCUCUGGGAACUGAUAAUUAUAUGGUGUCAGACUAUGAGGGUGAACUCUCAAGCAUAAUUGCUUGCGCACUGUCCUUGUUGAAAGAUCUACCUGUAUCAGCAGCUUUAAUAGGUGCAGAAAAUAGGAAAGAUAGUGAAAUGCCUGUCAAAACAACUGAACGCUUUUAUAGCCUGUCACGAAUUCCCACCAUAAAAUGUCCACAGUCUAUAAAUGGGACUACAGAUUCAGAUUCAGUCCACCCUGCACUAAGCAUUUCUUCGGAUGAUUCACGCUUCUCAAGUUUUGAUGGAUUGAAUUUGUUGGAAUCUUUGAUUCCUCCUGAAAUCCUUAGCCCAGAGGUUUCUUUCGGGGUUGCAAAAACACUUGGAAAGAGUAAAUUCUCUGUCAAGUGUCUAUAUGCAAACCAGUUCCGUGAUCUACGGAGUCGAUGCUGCCCAUCUGAGAUUGAUUAUAUCGGUUCUCUCAGCCGUUGUAGAAACUGGGAUGCCAAAGGCGGAAAGAGCAAAUCCCUCUUUGCGAAAACACUUGAUGAUAGGUUCAUUAUUAAGGAAAUUAAGAAGACUGAAUUUGAUUCAUUUGACAAGUUUGCCCUGCACUACUUCAAGUACAUGAAUGAGUCAUUUGAAUUAGGAAAUCAAACUUGCCUUGCCAAAGUUCUUGGUAUUUAUCAGGUAACUGUAAGACAGACAAAAAGUGGGAAAGAGACGAGACAUGAUGUGAUGGUUAUGGAGAAUCUUACCUUCGGUCGGAAUAUUUCUCGCCAGUAUGAUCUGAAAGGGGCUCUACAUGCUCGAUAUAGUUCAGUUGUUGAUGGUUCAGGGAAUGUUCUUUUGGAUCAGAAUUUUGUCAAUGACAUGAAUUCCUCCCCCUUAUAUGUUAGUAAUAAAGCGAAGCGUAUCUUGCAACGAGCUGUUUGGAAUGACACAACUUUCCUGAAUUCGAUAGAUGUGAUGGACUAUUCUUUACUUGUUGGGGUAGAUAGUGAGCGCCAAGAGCUUGUAUGUGGUAUCAUAGAUUAUCUGAGGCAGUAUACCUGGGACAAGCACCUAGAAACGUGGGUUAAGUCUUCUCUCGCUCCUAAAAAUGUGCUGCCCACUGUUAUUUCUCCGAUAGAGUACAAGAAAAGAUUCAGAAAGUUCAUGUCUACACACUUCCUGAGUGUUCCAGACCAUUGGUGCUCGGAAGAAUCACAAGACCCGUGUAAACUCUGUUGCACCAAUGAUGACAUAUCUCCCCAGGAGUCCUAAAAGGAAAGGAGCGAGAUAGGUCUUCCAUCCUGUAUCUUUUGUAUCAUGUUUCUACAUUUAUUUAUUUAGUUCAUCCAUUUUACAGCCACAGAAAUACUGUAAAUAGAAUUUUCCAGGGUAGUCUUAUAUUAAUAGGUCUGUCAUGUCCGGCUGAUAUAGAUUUUUUUUUUUCUUGUCUAUCGAGAAAAUGUAGAGUGUGCAGUGUUUGAAAGAUGGUGAUUUCUUAGAAUCAAUGAAAAGUUGCAGCUAUAUUCCAUGAA